AUGGAAAUGCAAGACCCAGAGAUCCAGCAGCUUGGGGAGCCGGCUCCACCAGAAAGGUCGGUGUCUUUGCCUCAGAGACUCCUGGGGCUUCCGGUAAUCUAUAGCAUCGAAAUCUGGAGUCAUAUCGGUAUCGGGCGUCGAAUCGGUGGACUUCGCCGCGGCCGUACCCUAACGAUACUGCGCAAAGUCGGAGGUGUUGCGGGAACAACCGUAUCUGUCUAUAUUGCGGUCGUGCACGAUGAGCCUAUUGCCCCGCUGCUUUACAACUGGUCUGCCUGGUCGUCACCAAGGCUUUCGGGACCGGAGCUGGUCCUCGACAGGGUCCUGCCGGUGCUCCCUCUUGUUGCCAUCUCAGGGGCAUUCCUCGCCUCGCUCUUCUUAAGCAUACAUGAAAGCAUCAUGAUCCCAUCAGUUCUGGACGUGGAGCGUGGAGACCGUGCUGCCUGGGACGCGAUUGCUUCUUGUCUGGUGUAA